CGAAACACUCUACAACUACUUGCAUAAUUCAAAUCAGAUAUUAAUCUGCUCUAUGCAAAAAAUCAUAUCUACUAGAAGUGUGGUUUGGAGUGUCGGGUCCUAAUAAAUCUCUUACAAGUUUGGUUGAUUGAUGUCGCUAAUUUUCAGUGGAUGUGAAAAUACAACCAUGAUAGAUGCCACCACUGCUGUGAACCUUGAACUUUUACAGAACGUGAGGGACCCUAAGAGUGAGCAUACAUUAUACGGAGUGUUGAACUACACCAAGACAAUUGGGGGAGCCCGUUUACUGAGAGCCAGUAUUUUACAGCCUUCCUGUGACAAGGGAACCAUAGCCAUGAGACAAGAAGCAGUCUCAGAACUCACAGAGAAGGAGGAUGUGUUUGAUAGCAUUCAGACAGUGAUUGCUCGAUUCCUGGAUGUUGACCACAUCCUGUCAGUGUGUGUACAGAUCCCAAAGAAGGAGACACUGAAAACAGCAGAGGCCAACAUCAACAACCUUAUUCUCCUCAAACACAUCCUGGAACUGGUAGACCCACUCAGGAAUGCACUCUCCAACUGUGAAAACCGCCUGAUGAAACACUUUUACAAGUCACUAGAAGAUGGUAGAUAUGCACUGAUGAAAGCCAGAAUAGCUAGCAUAAUUCAUGACGAUACCAAGUAUCAGAAAGGAAUGCUGCACAUGCGCACUCAAAAGUGUUUUGCAGUGAAGGGAAGCAUUAAUGGCUUGCUUGAUAUUGGAAGAGGAACAUAUGGCGGUAUUAUAGAAGACAUAAACACAUUGGCUAACCAGUGGGCAGAAGAAUACAAUUUACCAAUAGUGACUUCGUAUAAUUCCACUAGAGGCUUUUUUCUGCAACUUAAUUGUGGUCCAAAACAAAACUUCAGCAAAGAGAGUCUGCCUGAGAUAUUUAUCAAAGUUACAAAAGCCAAGAACACACUGUGUUUUACCACCACAGAACUGAUUCGCUUGAAUAACAGGGCAAAAGAGGCUUUGGAUGAAAUAUACCUAGUGACCAACAUAGUAGUGACGGAGCUUUUAGGAGACCUGAGGAACCACUUUGGCUGUCUGUACAAACUGUCAGAGGCCGUGGCUAUGAUAGACAUGUUACAGAGCUUUGCUCAUGCCUGUACUUUGUCCAAUUAUGUGAAGCCUGAUUUUACCAAAGAUACACUUGCCAUAAAGCAGGGACGACACCCAAUCCUUGAAAAAAUCAGCACUGAUAUGCCAAUCCCUAACAAUACUUAUGCUACUGAAGACAGCAAUUUCAAUAUCAUCACUGGUGCAAACAUGAGUGGUAAAAGCACCUACCUGAGACAGAUUGUGUUGUUACAAAUCAUGGCCCAGAUAGGAUGUUUUGUUCCCGCAGAGUACGCCUCAUUCAGAAUCACAGAUCAGAUCUUCUCCAGGAUCGGCAGUGAUGAUGAUAUCGAGUCCAACUCAUCUACUUUUAUGUUGGAGAUGAAAGAAGUAAACUACAUCAUUCAAAAUGUCAGUCACAGAUCACUUUUAAUUAUGGAUGAACUAGGAAGAGGCACAAGCCAAGAGGAAGGUGUUGGAAUAUGUCAUGCUGUCUGUGAAUAUCUACUCAGAUUUAAAGCCUUUGUCUUCUUUGCAACACAUUUCAAGGAUCUUGGUCAACUGGAAAGUUUGUAUCCUAAUGUACAAAACUACUGUUUUAUGAUUCACAAAACAUUUAAUGAGGAGGAUCAAAGUGAGAAAGUGGUGUACACUCAUGUAUUGACAAAGGGACAGAACAAAGAGGAGCAUUAUGGUAUAAGAUUAGCAGAACUAUCAACUCUUCCAAGGGAUGUGAUUCAGAAAGCUAAAAGUUUGGCUUCUUCAAUUUCUUCUAAAAAGGGGAGACAACCUGAAGUUGACAAGGAAACGAAGGAAAAGAGAAUCAUUUUUAAACUCUCUGGACGAUUGGUUCAGUUGUCACGAAACUCGAAACUCAACAAAGAGGACUUGAAAUCUUACUUAAAGAGCUUAAAAAUGCAGUAUAGGACAGACACAAAAUCUCUAGAGGAAUGAUUGUUUUUAGAAAGUGGUGUUUUUAAAUGAGUGCUUGUCAAACGAUUUGUUCAAAUUAAAUUUCCAAGCUUUUUCUUUCUUGAAGAUAAGUAAAGCUUAUCAAAUGCAAAAAAUAAAAUAUCAUUGAGAAAAGACAAUUUGUUUAAUG